AUGUCGGUCUUCUACUACGAGCCAUUCUACGACUUUUAGCGCUUCUUCGACAACGUCUUUUCUCCGCGCACAGUGCGCAACUUCGGGGGUGAUCAACAGGUCGUCCCGGUUGACGCUACCUCUGGGGGAGCCGUUCGGGAUCUGAAACCAAGGAUGGAUUUACACGAAGACAAAGAGAAAAAUUUAGUGACAGCCACAUUCGAGUUCCCAGGUUCGAAAAAAGAGGACAUCCAGCUCGAAAUUCAGAACGGCCGCUUGGUCGUGGCUGUUGAAAAUAAAAUAUCGGAGGAUCAUAAUGAAGACGGCUAUGCAGUGCGCGAGCGUCGCUAUGGGAAGUUUUCGAGGACACUUCAGUUACCACAGGGAGUUAAGGAUGACGAGAUUCAAGCGUCUAUGGAGAACGGCCUUUUAACUAUCACGUUCCCAAAGACGGCUGCUGAGCUUGCGCCGAAGAAGAUCACUAUUUCUUAA